CGGCCAAUCGGCCGGGCACCAACUAGUAUGGAUAAAAGUUAGGUGUGGUUUGAAGUUAUGUCAAUAGGAAAAGAUCGGCCAUAAGCCCAUUACCUUCGAGGCCGAAAACCUAAAACAGCUCAUUUGCUAUUGGGCUAACUUUGCUAAGAAUGAAAUGGGCGAGGGGAGCCCGUAGGCCCUAAUCAACCCCGAAAGACAGAUCUUCACCCGCUUAACUAAUUCCUUCCAAAAAAGGGAAAAAUCAAAAAACUAAUUCCUUCCCUGCAACCUUCUUCCUUUCAUCGUAUACUUCGAUUACAUCGACCUCCUCCGUCAGGGAAAACUGCCGUUGAUCAUUGCCAUCCUCCUCCACCGCCACCGGAGGUUCUUCUCAAUUCGUUCCUGUUCCCUCCUUCGGCGGAUCAGAGAAAGCUCUCAAACAGGUACUGUCUACAGCUCCAUCAAUGGUGGAGUUGCUAUACCUGUUUCUUUUCAACGAAAUUUAGGUCUUAAUGCGCUUGCAAUUCGCUGAGUAUUGCGACUAAUCUGAGCGGUGGAGGCAAAUUGGUUUUUUCUGUUGCUUUAUAUCUUUGAUUAGAGUGAUUAUUUGUUCCUUAUAGGCUCAGUUCCUGUAGAGAAUCCAUGCAAAUUCUCCUGAUUUGGCUUUGUUGCAGAUUUAGAUGUGACCCAAUUUCGCAAUUAGUAUAUUUGCAUGGCAUAAUUGGAUUGCGCCAGGGAAUUACUAGAAAAGUUUAUGGCUUUCAUUUGUUACUACUUUUGAGUUUCAUUUCUAGGGUUAGCUCAUCUGAAGUGCCUUCGCUUCUCUUCUGCAGAUGCUGUCCGUUAAGCGCCUUUAACCCUUUUGGGUGAUGAUCAAAACCUGACGUUCGAGAACUCUGAUGGUGUGUGCUUGUUCUUUUGUUCCUGGUCUGGACCCAAACUCCUCAAGCAACAGUAUAAAGCUUGGGUGGAAUACCUUAAGUUCAUCAGCCACAUAGGUUUUCUCAAUCGUUAUCAGCAAAAUGGCAGACCUUUUCACUCAGACGGCGAGCACGCAGCUGUAUCGGAUGUUUCUGGCCGUUCUCUUCUUCCACACAUCAGAAUUCAUUCUAGCAAUUUCCAUACAUGGGAGAUCAAAGGUUUCGCUGAGCUCACUUCUCAUCAGCAGAGGCUAUCUCGUCGCCAUGGCUUUCUCAGUAUUGGAGUACGCAUUUGAAAUAUGGAUGUUUCCCGACCUGAAAGAACAUUGGGGGAUCAGCAAUUUAGGCCUUGUCAUGGUUCUGAUUGGGGAGAUAAUAAGGAAGCUCGCCAUUAUAACCGCUGGACAAGCGUUUACUCAUCUCAUCAGGACCCGUCAUGAGGAGCAGCACGAGCUGGUUACUCAUGGAGUGUACGGCCUUGUUCGUCACCCUAGUUAUUCAGCUUUCUUGAUCUGGGCAGUGGGUACUCAGGUCAUGCUGUGCAAUCCUGUCUCGACAGUUGGAUUUGCUGCUGUCGUGUGGCGUUUCUUCUCGAAGAGGAUACCAUAUGAGGAGUACUACUUGAGGCGGUUUUUCGGGUCGAAUUAUCUUGAUUAUGCUAAACGGACACCUUCUGGGGUUCCGUUUGUGAAGUGAAGGACCCAUAUGCAGGUUUUUUGUUCAUGUGCUGCACUUUGUGGGUUCCUGAAAUUAGAGCUUACUCAACAAUGGAGUUGUUUUCCUGCGAGUUUGUAUAACAUCAUGGCAGAGCUCAACCAAAUGUUUUUGAGCUGCGUACUAUGUAGGAUAGUUGAAAUUUGCACUAGCUUCUUUUUAGUUCGGUAUAUAGGAAAUGUAAUCUGAAAUGUGUUGCAAUGUGCAUCUGAAAUGUAAUCUACAAUUCUAC